CGGUUACCAAGGCGACGCCUGCGAAGAUGGCUGCUGCGUCUUCGUCGGAUUCCGACAGCGGCCGAGCUGAGAGCAAUGAGGCAAGUUCGAAAUGGCUGGACGCACACUACGACCCCAUGGCCAACAUCCAUACCUUUUCCGCCUGCUUGGCGCUGGCAGAUUUGCACGGGGAUGGGGAGUACAAGCUGGUGGUGGGGGACCUUGGCCCCGGUGGGCAGCAUCCCCGCCUGAAGGUGCUCAAGGGACCCACAGUGCUGACUGAAAGUCCUUUACCUGCACUGCCAGCUGCGGCCGCCACCUUCCUCAUGGAGCAACACGAGCCCCGGACGCCAGCUCUAGCACUCGCCUCAGGCCCUUGUGUGUAUGUAUAUAAGAAUCUUAGGCCCUACUUCAAGUUCAGCCUGCCCCAGUUGCCUCUAAACCCCCUGGAGCAAGAUCUUUGGAACCAGGCCAAGGAGGACCGGAUUGACCCCUUGACCCUGAAGGAGAUGCUGGAAGGCAUCCGGGAGAAGGCAGAGGUGCCUUUGUCUGUACAGUCCCUCAGGUUUUUACAGCUGGAGCUGAGUGAAAUGGAGGCAUUUGUGAGCCAGCACAAGUCCAAGUCCAUUAAGCGGCAGACAGUCAUCACCACCAUGACCACCUUAAAAAAGAACCUGGCCGACGAGGAUGCUGUGUCCUGCCUGGUGCUGGGCACCGAGAACAAGGAGCUCCUGGUACUGGACCCGGAGGCCUUCACCAUUUUGACCAAGAUGAGCCUACCCAGUGUGCCCGUCUUCCUGGAGGUUUCUGGCCAAUUCGAUGUGGAGUUCCGGCUUGCCGCCGCCUGCCGCAACGGAAACAUCUAUAUCCUGAGAAGAGACUCCACACGCCCCAAGUACUGCAUCGAGCUGAGCGCCCAGCCUGUGGGGCUCGUCCGGGUACACAAGGUCCUGGUGGUCGGCAGCACCCAAGAGAGCCUGCAUGGCUUCACCCACAAGGGUAAGAAGCUGUGGACAGUGCAGAUGCCAGCAGCCAUCCUGACCAUGAACCUCCUAGAGCAGCGCUCGCGGGGCCUGCAGGCCGUCAUGGCUGGGCUGGCCAAUGGAGAAGUCCGCAUUUACCAUGAUAAGGCCCUGCUGAAUGUCAUCCGCACCCCGGAUGCAGUGACCAGCCUUUGCUUCGGCCGCUACGGGCGGGAAGACAACACCCUCAUCAUGACUACACGGGGCGGUGGCCUGAUCAUCAAGAUCCUGAAGCGUACAGCGGUGUUUGUGGAAGCAGGAGGUGAGGUGGGCCCCCCACCAGCCCAGGCGAUAAAACUCAGUGUGCCCCGAAAGACCCGGCUUUAUGUGGAUCAGACACUGCGAGAGCGGGAGGCUGGCACUGCCAUGCACCGGGCCUUCCAGACCGACCUCUACCUGCUGCGCCUCCGGGCCGCCCGUGCCUACGUGCAGGCCCUCGAGUCCAGCCUGAACCCUGUGUCCGUGACGGCCCGGGAGCCCCUCGAGCUGCACGCUGUGGUUCAGGGCCUGGGCCCCACCUUUAAGCUCACACUUCACCUGCAGAACACGUCAGCAGCCCGACCCAUCCUGGGGCUGCUGGUCUGCUUCCUGUACAACGAGGUGCUCUAUGCUCUGCCCCGGGCCUUCUUCAAGGUCCCCUUGCUGGUUCCAGGACUCAGCUACCCGCUGGAGACCUUUGUGGAGAGUCUCAGUGACAAGGGCAUCUCAGAUAUCAUCAAGGUGCUGGUGCUUCGAGAAGGCCAGAGCGCACCCCUGCUGAGUGCCCAUAUCAACAUGCCUGUGAGUGAGGGGCUGGCAGCCGCCUGAGCCCUGGACUGGUGUUGAGAGCCCUGCGGAAUCAGGACCGGGAAGAUACAGCCCCUUGCACCGAGGUGGACAGAGCGAGUGGCCCCAGGCCCA